CUAUAUAUAUCUUUAUAUCACACAGAAAAUUAAGGUGUGGAAGAGCCAGAAGCCAUGGACUACCAAAAGCUUUUGAUACUAAUUUCCUUUGUAAGUGCAAGCAUCCUCAUCCUCAUUCUUAGAAAAUUAAACCAAACUCAAAAUUCUACAAAACUUCCACCAGGGCCAAAGCCACUUCCCAUCAUAGGAAACAUCUUACAACUUGGCAAAAACCCACACAGGACACUCACAAAUCUCUCAAACAUCUAUGGACCAAUUAUGACACUAAAACUAGGAACAUUAACAACCAUAGUAAUUUCAUCACCACAAUUAGCCAAACAAGUUUUACAUGAAAAUUCUCAAAUCUUCUCAAAUAGAACUGUCCCACAUGCAAUACAUGCACUUGAUCAUAACAAAUUCUCACUUGGGUGGCUUCCAACAUUAGCUUUGUGGAAGAAACUAAGGAAAAUUUGUGCUACAAAAGUAUUUUCUACAAAAAUGCUUGACUCAACAAAAAACAUUCGCCAACAAAAGUUACAAGUAUUAUUGGAUUAUGUAAAGGAAAAAUGCAACAAAGGUGAAGCUUUUGAUAUUGGUGAGGCUGUUUUUACAACUGUCCUUAAUUCAGUUUCAAACACUUUCUUCUCUAUGGAUUUGGCUCAUUCAACACCUGAUGAAAAAUCUCAAGUGUUUGAGAACAUUUUGAGAGGUUUAUCGGAACUUUCUGGGACGUCUAAUAUUGCUGAUUUCUUUCCAAUUCUUCGUCCUUUAGACCCACAACGAUUGUAUGCAAAGAUGGCCAUUCAUCUGGGGAGUUUGUGUGAGAUUAUUGGAGGAAUCAUUGAAGAAAGAAGAGCUUCCAAGAUUGAUUCUGAUCAGGUUUGCAAUGAUGUGUUAGAUUCACUUCUUAACAAUGAUGGAGAAACUAUUUUCGAUCAGUUGAGUCCGAAGGAGAUGUUUCAUCUGCUUCCGGAUUUAUUUGCUGCUGGGAUUGACACAACUUCAAGCACAAUUGAAUGGAUCAUGGUAGAGCUACUACGCAACCCUAGCAAUAUGACAAAAGCAAGAACAGAAUUAUCUAAAGUUAUUGGUAAAGAUGAAAUAAUUGAAGAAUCAGAUAUUUUUAAGUUGCCUUUCUUACAAGCAGUUGUGAAGGAAACCUUUCGAUUGCAUCCACCAGCUCCAUUAUUGGUACCCCAUAAAUGUGAUGAAAGUGUGAACAUAUUAGGCUUCAAUGUGCCAAAAAAUGCACAAGUAAUAGUUAAUGUAUGGGCUAUGGGAAGAGAUCCAACCAUUUGGAAAAAUCCAAAUAUGUUCAUGCCCGAAAGAUUUUUGGAGUGUGACAUUAAUUAUAAGGGCAACCAUUUUGAGCUUAUACCCUUUGGAGCUGGCAAAAGAAUUUGUCCAGGAUUGUCAUUAGCUCAUAGGAAUGUGCACUUAAUUGUGGCAUCCCUUCUACACAACUUUGAAUGGAUACUUGCGGAUGGGCUAAAGUCAGAACAUAUGAAUAUGGAGGAGCGAUUUGGGUUAUCCUUAAAGAGAGUACAACCUCUUCGAGUUCAAGUUACUUCAAUCAAGCAUGGUUAGUUAUAUACAAGAGUAAUGCUCCUCAUGAUAUAUGUACAUAUAAGUUUUUUUUUUUUUUUUUUAAUAAAUAUAUGUAUAUAUAAGUUAAAAGUUAUAUAUUUUAAUAAUGUUUGUAAUACACUCUUCGAUUUUUCAACCCAAUUAUCUUGGAUUUGUUAAAAGUUA